AUGGAAUCUAACCAUUAUUUAGAUUCCUUAAAGGACAUAUCUGAAAGUCAGUUGGAAGCUUUGUUGAGGUAUGAAAGUCCACCUGAAACACCAAUUGAACUUCAAAAGUCUAAAACAUUAAAUGAAUCCUCUAUUCAAAGAGAUUUUAAUAAAAAUAACGUUGACGAUAACCCUAGCAUUCUUGAUAACGGCGAAUCUUUUUUGUCACAAUUAGAUUCCGAAAUUGAUUUUUCAAUUUUUCAUCGUGAUUCACCAAAUUUGCAAUGGUCACUAUCUGCUAUAAAUAUACAAUCCAAUAAAAAUGAUGAUAUAGAUAUUGCAACAACAUUUAAUAUUGAUGAAAUUUUAAAUAUUCCAAAAGUCGAUUUUUUGCAGUUUGAUACAAAUGAACAGGGGAGUUUAACGAUCAAACCCUGUAAUUCCUUAGAUCAAUAUCGGAAACAAGAAUCCCUUCAAAAGCUAAAUAGCUUAAAAAAUCUCGCUCUGAAUAAUAAACGCCCAGACGAUAUUAAAGAUAUUGAUAAUAUUUUAAAAAAUAUUGAUUUCGAAAAAAUUCCAAACUUGGAAAUAUUUGAUGAUUGCUUUUAUGACCCAGUUCGGAUUCAAAGAAAGUGCCUAACACAACUAGAACAUACAAAGAGUUUAAAGGAUUUACAGGAAAAGACAAUAGCGUCAUGUCCAGCUUCCGUCGGAGAACUUCACCCAAAUUCAUUUCCGGAAAUUUUCUCUACUGAAAAUAUUAAUCCCAGAGAGUUGAAAAGUAUACGUUCGCGCGCACUAUCUAGUAGAGAUAGCGGCAAAGAUAUUCACGUAUACAGCUUACUUCCAUGUGAUGACAACUUUUGUGAAAUUGACGGGAUUUUUGAGACGUUGAAUUUUGAAGAAAUUUCAGAAAGCGCAAGUUAUGUUCCAAAACAGUCUCAAAAUGAAGUGCACGUUAAAAUGUCGUCUGGUGCCCUUUCAAUACCAUUUUCAGUUAGACAACUGCAUGAAAUUGUAACAACUAAAUAUUCUGAUUUUGCUUUUAUAUAUGCAUUAAGUUCUCAGUUGUGCCAAGAUCGCGUGCCAAUGGAGUGUUUUGUUACCUUAAAAAUGGGCUUGCUUCUAAGUCUAGUUUCUAUAGGGAAUAAUGUUGACCGUCCUCCUAUACCAAUUGUCGCUAUGACAAAUGACACAUAUAUGACAGAUUAUCUCAUGACAAAUAUUGGGCAACUAGGAUCUCGUUUCCUAGGUUCAGUAGAAGAUGCCAAAUCUUUUUCUAGCAGCAAUUGGAUCGAAGCCGAUUCUAUUCUACUGGCCAGAGGUGGAGUUUACUAUGCAGGUGAUUGGACUCGUAUAAAAUUAAGAAAGGCAGAAACCAUUUUUAAAAACAUUGAAUGUUCUAGCGUCGUUGUGGAGAAGUCUACCAUGAACUAUCCGCUGGAAACGGCUAUAUGGACUCAUUGGCGUUCAUUUAAGCAUUGCUCUAAAGACAAACAAAUGUUUAAUAAGUUUUUAAAAAUUUUCGGUUUACCAAUAUUCGUUUCUGACGACAACCAUGAAGCUUUAGUUGAUUAUACUUUGGAACAAGCUUCAAUAAGGAUUUUUGAAUCUACCGUAGAUCACUUGUCUGUUAAUGAAGACGACAUGCGAAAUUUUCUUGUUUCUGUAUCGCAAAAUGAAGUAAUUUUAACUCCUGAAGCGGCGCUUUUGUUAAAAAACUAUUUUGUGGCUUCGCGAUCCUCAAGGGAAGAUUGUCUUACUAAACAAUCAUAUGUAAUGCUUAAACAAUUUGCGGAAUCAUUUGCGAAACUCUCAAUGCGUAAAGAAGUUCUAUCUGAUGAUGCAUUAGCAGCUAUAAUAAUGUGUGAACAUUUUAUUCAAAAUGUUUUUAGUUCUACUCCAGACCCAGACAAUUCCCCACCAAAUUUUGGCAGUUUUACUUUUGUUGGCACAGUUGAUGAAUAUUGUAUGCAAUUUAAAGAAUGGCUGAACUCUUAUAUAGAUCAAUAUGUAAAAGAAUAAUUUUCUUAGUUGAAAUAAAUUUAUGCUAUGACACUAUUAAUCCAAGAACGAUAGUAAGAAAUUUUGCUUGAUACAUCUGGAUAUUUAGUACCACAACUUCCGAAGGAAAAACUUGCAACUCCCACUAAUUUAUUACCAGUAACAACACCAGCUCCAUCAUCUCCUCGACAUAUUCCAGCA